AUGGAUCUUGUGCUUGCCACGUGGCAGCAUCAGGAUGUGGAUUUAGAUGACACUCUCCAUGUGCUUGCAGAAUUAGAUUUCGUUGGAGCAUUUAAGAUGGGAAGAACCAAGAACUCGGAGAAGCUUAUCCCCUUCGCCUUGAAUUCUUCGUCACUUCUUUCUCUUCAUCCAUGUCGGCAUGUCGCUAUCGGUCUUCCCGUUAAAAGCUUCUCUCCCAUCUUCUCCGUUUCUGCAGUAUCACAAUUCGUCUCAGUUCAGUUGGGUGGCUCGUCUUCUUUCUUCUACUUCAAAUUUCCCGUUUGCUUAGCCAUGAAUUUUCCUGGUUGGAAUUUUGAGAAUGAUGGCUGUGUCACCAAUCAAAAGAAGUUCAUGGGGUCGGGCCAAGAACUUGUGGAGCUGAUAUGGCAAAAUGGACAGGUAGUUACGCACAGCCAAACGCAAAGAAAACCAGUUGCGACUUCUAUCGACUCGAGACAGUUCCAGAGAGAUGAUCAAUCAACAAUCAGGGCUAAUGAAUCGUAUGGGAACUCAAGCCAUUUGAUUCAAGAAGAUGAUGCAGUCUCAUGGAUUCAAUAUCCACUUGAGGAUCCAUUGGAACAACAACUCUGUUCAAGCAUAUUAUCUGAACUGCCAUCCUCUGGGUUUGAGUCUGACAAGCCAAUAAGGCAACUCGAAGAGGGAAAGUAUGUCAAAUUCGGCCCCUACAGUGCCUGCCAUGUGACUACAAGUUCACAAACACCAAAUCUAAAGCCCUUUUCUCAGGAAUUCUCAGGAAAUCCUAUGCCUGCUCCAAGAGUUCAUUUUCCUGAUUCAACGCUGAAAAAAAUUAGUCUUGGCGGAUCACAAAAUGUCGUCAAUUUUUCUCAGUUUUCAAAACCCUCCAAAGUAGCCUCAACAUCUUCUAAUGCACAGUCUGAAGAUGAAGGUAAUUGUAAUCUAUUGAAAAACAAAGGUAAAGAGUGCUCGGUCGUGACAGUGGGUUCAAGUCACUGUGGCAGCAACCAAGUUCCUCUAGAUCCUGACAUAAGCAGGGCAUCAAGCAGUGGGGUUUGGACUACUGCUUUGUAUUCUGAAACUGAGCCCCAGAAGGAUGGUGUCCAGAAAUCAAUUCCUCAGUGUGAAAAAGGGAAGUCAGAGGUGCUUGAACCAACUUUGAGUUCAUCAUCAGAUGACUCAGGUAGUCUUGCAAAAACAUGCUCCUGGUCUGUAAGAAACCACGGCCAAAAAAGGAAAAGGAUAGAUGCAGAAGAAUUAGAGGAACAAAGUGAGGCCACAGAACCCAAAUCGGCUGUUGAAAACAAGGUAGCUCAGGGGACAAGGCCUUGCCGAAGGAACCGUGCAGCUGAAGUGCAUAAUCUCUCAGAAAGGAGACGAAGAGAUCGGAUCAAUGAGAAGAUGAGGACAUUGCAACAACUCAUACCUCAUAGCAACAAGACAGAUAAAGCAUCAAUGUUAGAUGAGGCAAUCGAGUACUUGAAAUCACUUCAGUUACAACUUCAGGUAAUGUGGAUGGGAGCUGGAAUGGCACCAAUGAUGUUUCCAGGAAUUCAGCACUAUAUGUCCCCAAUGGGCAUGGGAAUGGCUUCGCCCUCUUUUCCUCCUAUUCCAAAUCCGGUGCAGUUACCAAGAACAUCACUUGAUCAUUCCAUAUCUAUGGCUCAGACGCCGAACCAGGGUUUGAUGCAUCAAGCUCCUGUUAUGGGUCCUUUUACUUAUCAAAAUCAGAUGCAAAAUCAAGCUUUCUCAGAGCAAUACGCACGUUAUAUGGGGUAUCAAUUUAUGCAAAGUGCCUCUCAGCCGAUGAAUGUAUUUAAUUAUGGAUCUCAAGUACAACAUAGUCAAACAAUGAUUCCACCCAGCAGUAGCAGUGAACCCUUGAAUGGAGCUGCAAAUAAUGAUGUUAAUUUAAGUGGCAAGAUGGAUAUCUUCCCCCGGCAAGUCCUUGUCCUAAAAUUCUUCAAGCGUAUCUUUAUUGAUAGCAUUAUAAUUCUAAACUGCAAGCAAUGCAUAGUGACUGAGACAAAUGUUUCUGGCAGAUGCUUUACCUUCAAUCAACAUGGCUCAACAUUGACUGGCUGCUAGAUUCUUCCUUAGUUUUCCACUUUCAGAUUUAUAUUAUUAGCCAGAUAUAGGUUAUCUUUGUGAAGUUCCAUUGCUUCAAUAGCUAGCAGAUAAACUUCUUUUGAGUGUCUCAUUUCAGUACUAUUUGAAUGCAUUUAUUACUCAAUAAAAUUUCCAUUCCAUUCA